GAAGGGUGGGGGUGCGAUAAGAAGCUCUCCAAAAAAAAAAAAAAAUCAAGAACCAUAGUACAAAUAGCCCAUACAAAACUCUCUCGAAAAUUCCAGAUUCGAGAAAGAGAAACUUGGAUAGCAACUCAGCGACAUUAACAGCGUAACAUAGAAACUCAGCAAUAUUAUUAUUAACAGCGAGAGAGAGAGAGAGAGUUGAAAAAUGUUCUUCUUCUUUGCAGGAGGGAUAGAAAACCAGGUUCGCCAGGUGGUGAAAUCAGGUGUGGGAAGGUGCAUCAACUGCAAUUCACGCGCUGAUCUUGUUGAAUACGACAAAGUUCUGAAACUUUUCUUCGUUCCCGUUUGGCGGUGGCCAGGGAAAGACACUCUUUUGUAUUGUCAAGACUGCAAGUUCAUGUUUCCACAAUCGCAUUCCCUCCCUCCACCGCCGUCUAGCGGUGGAACGACGUUGCCGGACGCAUUGCGAUGCCGGUUCUGUGAUCGGAAUGUGGCUGCUGAUUUCACGUUCUGUCCUUACUGUGGCGAACAACUGUAAACGCAAGCUUGGUUAGUGUUUGUUGAUUGGGUUUAGAAAAUCAAAUAUAUGAAUUCUAAGAGAAGCUUAUGUGAUUAGUAUAAUAAGAUUAUAGGAUGUGUUAAGGUUUUUAAUUUUACUUUUGAUAAUAAAGUAUAGGGUUUUAUGUUUUGUACUUAGUUUUGUUAUAUUACAAAAUUAAUAUUCAUGUUACUUUUUACAUGUUUAUUUUCCCCCUUGUUAUUAA